AUGGAUAAGAGCUGGAUGAAUAAGUCAAGAUUGAGUCAAGAAUAUGUGGAUGGAGUUGAACAAUUUCUUGAUUAUGCAUUUAAUAAUUUAAGCAGCGAUAACAAGAUUGUCUGUCCAUGCAUAAAAUGUAAAAAUGUACGUUGGAAAACACUUGAAGUAGCAUUCGAUCAUUUAGCAUGUGAUGGUAUUUUGCAAGGGUAUACCUGUUGGUUCUUCCAUGGAGAAAAUGUUCCUUUAUCGAGAACUUCUUCUACAAACACUCCUUCACCUAGUUCUACCAGUCAUCCUACGACAAACAACACAUCCACCAGACAAGAUGGUACGGAGGAAUUGUUGCGGGAUGCGUUUAACAUGCAACAUCACCAUGAUGCCCCAACAUUUUUUGGGGCACAUCCUACUGAUGGAAUGGAAGGUGGUAAUGAAACCCACAUGGGGUUAAAUGAAGAACAACCUUCUGAAGAAGCGUCAAAGUUCUACAAACUGCUCGAAGAUAUGAAUGGCAAACUUUAUGAUGGAUCGAAGCAUUCUAUAUUAUAUUUCUGUAUUCAUCUUUUUCACCUAAAGUGUAUGUGUGGUAUAACUGGGAAAGGGCUGGAUUACUUGAUUGACUUUUUGAAGGAGUUCUUUCCGAUUGCCACAAUUCCAGCAAAUAGUCAUGAAUCAAAGAAGGUUAUAAAAGAUCUAGGAUUGGGGUACGAGAAGAUCCAUAGCUGGCCAAAUGAUUGUAUGCUUUACUGGGAGGAGAAGGAAAUGCAACAGGAAUGUCAUGUGUGCGGCGCUUCUCGAUGGUUGCCUACUAAAUCUACCCAACCAGAGAAUGUUGAUGGUGAUCAAGUACUCUAUAAGCAACCAGCGAAGGUUCUGAGGUACUUUCCUUUGAUACCAAGACUGCAGAGGAUAUUCAUGUCAUCAAAAACUUCUACUGGUAUGUCUUGGCAUGCUAAUGGUCGCACAAAAGAUGGCAGCUUAAGACACCCAGCCGAUGCUGAGGCAUGGAGAUCGUUUGAUGCUAGAUACCCGGACUUUGCUUCUCAUCCCCGAAGUGUUAGGCUUGGCCUAUCCUCCAAUGGUUUUAACCCAUUCAAGUUGUUAAGCACUUCGUACAGUACUUGGCCAGUGGUACUAAUUCCUUACAACUUGCCCCCUUGGAUUGGAAUGAAACAAUCCUCCUUUAUUUUGUCCAUGAUAAUUCCGGGUGAGAAAGGCCCAGGUAAUGACAUUGAUGUCUUCAUGGAACCUUUGAUUAAAGAGGUUAAACAAUUGUGGGCUGGUGUCGACACAUAUGAUGCGUCCUUAAAACAGAAUUUUUGA